UCGAUUCUUGAGAGGAAGAGAUGGACAAGGCUGUCCGAGGUCUCCUUCGUCAAACUGGUAGCAAGCGGAUGAUCCUAAAGGCAACGCAGCUACUUGCUGCAAUUGUGUUUGCCGGGUGGCUGAUGAUAUGGAUCGUCAGGCCUACAAAAACAUACCAAAACCAAUGGUCGCCGCAGCUCCUCUCAGAGACUGACUCAACAUAUUUUGGACGGCAGGGUACCAACAUCUUGAUCUACACGUUUCCCAUCUUGUUUAUUUCAGUUCUUGGCUGUAUUUAUCUCCACCUGGUGAAGAGAACGGACAACUCCCAGAGUGGCAGCUCAACUCAUAGUCUGGCUGCAUGGAAGAGACCUGUGGUUGUGAACUGGCCGCUUGGAAUAGUUUCCGGCAUAGAGUUGACCUUCUGUGUGUUGUUUCUGGUGCUCCUCAUCUGGUUCUAUACCAUGUACCUUGUCGUUAACUUCUCCAACUCGCACCAGUCUCAUUCUCAGGAUACCGGAGAGAUGUUGAAAUUAUGGCAAACAAGGCUGGACGGUGCGGGAAUCCGAUUGGCAUUACUUGGGGACCUCUGCUGCGCCUUUCUCUUCUUCCCGGUCAUUCGUGGGUCGUCGCUGUUGCCACUCGUCGGGCUUACCUCCGAGUCCAGCAUCAGAUAUCACGUUUGGCUUGGCCACAUCACUCUGGCAGUGUUCUCGGCGCACAGCGUAUGUUACAUAGUGUACUGGGCAUCCACCAACAAGAUUGAUGAGAUGCUAAAAUGGGAUAACACCGGGAUAGCCAAUGUGCCUGGCGAAAUAGCUAUUCUCGCAGGAUUAACUAUGUGGGCAACCACAUUUCCUCGCAUCAGGCGCAAGAUGUUCGAGCUCUUCUUCUACACGCAUCAACUCUACAUUGCCUUCCUCUUCUUCUACAUGUUGCAUGUGGGCGUCUCCCAUUUCUGUGUCAUCCUUCCUGGCGUGUAUCUUUUCAUGGUCGACCGCUACCUGCGGUUCCUGCAAUCAAGAACCAAGGUCAGGUUGGUUUCCGCACGCCUUUUGCCAUCUGAAUCCAUUGAGCUAAACUUCGCAAAGAGCCCAGGACUGGCCUUUGAGCCUCUGAGCGUCGUUUUCAUUAACGUUCCGGGAGUGUCAUCACUCCAGUGGCAUCCCUUCACCGUGAGCUCCAGCAGCAACUUGGAACCUGAGCGGCUGUCUGUAAUCAUCAAGAAAGAAGGAAAAUGGACUCAGAAGCUCUACAGAACAUUGUCAUCACCGGUUCCACAAGAUCGCCUCGAUGUUUCGGUCGAAGGCCCUUAUGGUCCAGUGUCCAAGAACUUCCUAAGGUAUGAUUCCUUGAUACUAGUGAGCGGUGGCAGUGGAAUCACACCCUUCAUCUCCAUAAUUCGGGAACUCAUCCACCAGAGGACGACUCUGAAUCGUCCAACUCCUGCCGUCCUCCUCAUUUGUGCCUUCAAGACCUCGGCAGACCUCACCAUGCUCGAUCUCCUCCUUCCGGUAUCUGGAUGUAUCUCGGACCUUUCUGGCUUGGAUCUACGAAUCGAAGCCUUUGUGACCAGAGAGAAAUCUGCCACUGAUGACGCGCAAAACAACAUCCAAACCAUAUGGUUUAAGCCCCUUCCCUCUGACGUUCCCAUCUCUCCGGUGCUCGGUCCCAAUGGCUGGCUUUGGUUGGCUGCGAUAGUAUCGUCCUCUUUCGUCGCAUUCCUCCUACUUAUUAGCAUUCUCCAGCGUUACUACAUAUACCCAAUCGACCACAACACCAACAGCGUCUUCUCCUAUUCUUCGAGAUCUGUUUUAAAUGUGCUUUUUGUAUGUAUCUGCAUAAUGGCGGCCGCAAGCGCAGCGGUUCUGUGGAACAAGAGAGAGAACUCAAAACAAGAGAAACAGAUCCAGAAUAUAGAUGCGCCGACGCCGACAACUUCGCCCGGUUCCCGGUUCUACAACGCAGAUAGAGAGCUCGAAAGCGUUCCUCAAGAUUCUCUUGUUAAAGCCACCAAGAUUCAUUUUGAUGGAAGACCACCACUCAAGAAGAUGCUACUGGAGUUUGAUGGUUCUAACGUUGGGGUAAUGGCCAGCGGCCCUCGCGGUAUGCGUCAUGAAGUAGCAACCAUUUGCUCGUCAGGCCUGGCAGACAAUCUACACUUUGAAUCCAUUAGCUUCAGUUGGUGAUUCAUGAAGCGCCUCUGCUCGUACGUAAGUGUUGUUUGCGUGUGAACAAAAUAAGCCCAACGCAAUGUCAGUGUCAAAUGAAAGCAUUUGGCAUGGUCUUGUUCGUGAAGUUCUGUCGUGUGACGUCUGUAGAUUAUGCUGCAAUGUGUGGAGAGUUUGCAUCUUGUA